UAUUCGUUUUCUUUUCAGAGGACAAGAUGUAUUUAUAAACAAAGUGAUAUAAACAGCGAUCGUCUACAUCAAAUAAUAUGUUUUUCGGAAGCUUGUGAUUUGUAAUUUAUUGUUUUAUUGGUUACGAAAAUCUGUCAGUACGGGACUUUACCAGGUAUAUCUCAAAUAGGCCUUUAAAAUGACACAAAUUGCCAUAACGCUGCUCACAAGGGCAAUAGAGUACGAUCUGCACGGGAGGAAGCUGGAAUCGCUGAAGCUUUACGAAGAUGGCAUCGAAGCACUGCUCAAAGAAUCGAAAGCCGAAAUUGACCCCAAACGAAAGCAACACAUCCAAAAUAAAAUCUUGGAAUACAUGAAUCGGGCCGAGCAAGUGAAAGAACUGGUGAUGCGAUGGAAGAGCCGAGGGGAAAUUCGAGAUAAAAUUCAUGUCGUCGAAGGUGCUGCAGGCUACAGCUAUGAACGGGUGUUUGGAAAAUAUUUCACGGACGCGGUGAAGGAAAUCCUGAUCGAAGAACCGUACGUUCGUGAGCACCACCAAUUGUGCAAUGUGGUAAUGUUCUGCGAGUUAGCUGUAUUCAGCUGUAGGAACCUGAAAUUCAUCAAACUUUUGACCGUGCGUGAGAAGAAGAAUAAUGACGAACAAGAACGAGCUUUUCAGAUGCUGAAAGAUAGUUUGAAGAAGCAAAGCGUGGAAUUCUUUGUCGAGUAUUCCGAGCAUAUGCACGACCGGCAGGUUAUACUUAGCAAUGGCUACAUUGUAAAGAUUGGCCGGGGGUUAAACUACUUCAAACCUUCUCCGGGUAAAUUUUGCCUCGGAGCGUUCAACUAUCACUUUAGGCAAUGCAGAGAAACGAAUAUUGAUGUGUUUUAUUGUCCUGAGAAUAAUAAAGUUUGA